AUGCACCCAAGUAGAGCCUGUGUUGUGGAGCUGUUGAUGGAGGAAAGGUCCGGCUCGCCUGCUAGGUUUCGGAUAGGAUACGCUCUCGUGCAGAAGAAAAUCAACAGCUUUCUGCAGGAGAAGCUUCAGAGGGAGUCUAUUAGGAAAGGUAUCGAGCUGGUAAAAAUAGAUCUGUCGAAACCGCUAGCAGAGCAAGGACCUUUUGACGCCAUUCUUCACAAGAUUCCAUCGCAACAGUGGUAUGAGGAGUUGGAGGAGUAUCAACUGAGCAGACCAGAUGUGCUUGUCAUUGACCCACCAGAAGCCAUCGCGCGGUUAUACAAUCUCUACGUCGUGGGGAAUCAAGUGAAAUGUCUUCGACGGAAGUCAUUGCCUGAUCCUCAACCGCAAGACCUUGCAAACCCUGAUGGAUUAAGAUCAUUUUGCCAGGUUUCCAAUCUCCCCGUCCUGGCAGCAGCGAUUAUUCUAUCUGCUGCCACUACAAUACCGGUUAGUUAG